AUGAAAUGUCACAAUAUUUUUCGUAGAAACCGACAUACUACUACUAAUACUACCAAUACUACUAAUAAUCAUACACGUGAAAUCUAUGCCAAUGGUUUGAUGAAUUUGAAUGGUGAUAAAUUUCGUCAUAAUUAUUGUAAUAACAGAAUACGUUCAGCACGUUAUACAUGGUAUAAUUUUUUAUUUAAAAAUUUAUUUGAACAGUUUCACAACAUAGCAAACAUUUAUUUCCUUCUGAUUAUCAUGACCUAUUUUUUUGUGGACAGUGUCGGUGAUGUCUCAGUGACCAUUAUGCCAUUAUUGAUCAUUAUCGGUAUCACGAUGAUUAAAGAUGGCCUUGAAGAUAUAUUACGUCAUCGUGCCGAUAAACAAACCAAUUCCAUUGAAUUCCCAGUGUUGAAAAUUGAUUUCACACAGAAAACCAUUUAUUGGAUAACGAAGAAAGCUGCUGCUUUAUCAGUUGGGGAUGUAAUCUAUUGUCAUAGUAAUCAAUCAUUUCCAUGUGAUAUACUGCUGUUGACGACAUCGAAUCCCAGCGGACAAGCAUGUGUUACCACAGCGAAUUUAGACGGUGAAAGUAAUAUUAAAAAAUAUCAUGCUUUAACACAAUUCCAAUCGAUUUAUUCACAAUUCACAACGAAUGAAUGUAUUCAACGUAAAUUGAACAAGUUCAAUUUUCAAUUGAUUAUGGAACAAAUGUAUUUACAAGUCAACUGUCAACAACCAACAGAAAAUUUCACUACAUUUGAAGGUUAUUAUUAUACAUUUCCUAAUUUAAAUAAACAAAUUUAUUUACCAUUAAAUUUUACAAAUUUAUUAUUACGUGGUACAAAAUUAAUUUCUACAGAAUUUAUUAUCGGGUUAGUAAUUUAUACAGGGGAUGAUACAAAAUUAUCAUUGAAUAGUAAAAAUGCACGACGUAAAUAUAGUACACGUGAACGAUUAUCAAAUAUUAUUUUAUUAAUAUUUAUGGCAUCUAUGCUAUGUGUCACUGUGUUCAUGGCAAUUAUAUCCACUCUAUGGAUUAAAACAAAUUCUAUCAAUAUAUGGUAUGUUACAUUUGAAACACUGACAGCAUGGCAAUUUGUACGUAGUGUAUUUCGUUUCUUAUUUAUCAUUAAUUAUUUAAUACCAAUAUCAAUUAUUGUUACAAUUGAAUUUCAACAAUUACUCUUAGCAUUUUUUAUAACAAACGAUGCACGAAUGUAUGAUUCUAAGGAGAAUUUAUUAAGUCGAGCGAAUAAUGCACAAUUAGCUGAUGAAUUAGGACAAAUCGAAUUUUUAUUUAGUGAUAAAACUGGGACAUUAACACAAAAUUUAAUGAUUUUACGUUCGUGUUGUUUAUUGAACAAUGAACAAAUGUAUACAUGUGACAUUGAACAUGAUCAGCCGCAACAACAAGAACACGCGAAUGACGAGGAUACAACGAUGACGACAUCGAAUCAUAUGCAAGAAAAUAUUCAUUCAUUCUCAUCGUCACUGAAUGCUAAUCACGGGAAAUUUGUUAAAUUACCAGAUAUGAGUAAAGAGUUUCGUGAAUUUUUAACAAUUUUCGCAUUAUGUCAUACAGUUGAUUUGAAAAGUAAUAUUGAAUUGAAUAAAACUAUGCCAAUUGAUCAUCAUAGUGAUUAUGACAAUGAAGAUGGCGAUCAUGAUGAUGAUGAUGGUGAAGAUGUGAAUACAACAGUUGGUAAUAAUAAUAAUAAUAAUAAUAAUAAUAAUAAUAAUCAGUAUGGUAAUGACCAAGUAUCAGAAACAACAUCAAGUUCAUAUGUACCGGUGAGAUUUUAUGAAUAUGAAGUAAGUUUCUUGAAUGUUUUAUGUUGA